GGGAAUUAAGAAGUGAAUCUCUACCGGUGAAAGCUGGUGACUUCAUUUGAGCCUUUACGACACUCCAUCUAAUCAAGAUACAUUUCAGGGAAGCUCAGCCCCUCCUUUCCGAGUUCCUUCCGCUCUAAAAUCACCUUUCAGCACAAUUAGUGCUGUGAUUUGGAUUCUCUGCAGGUGCUCACAUAGACCCCUCAAAAUUUCCUUCCUCGAGGACCUUGAGAGUGCGGAGGAAGAAAUCAUGGGUGCAGGAGCAAGCGCUGAGGACAAAAAGUCCAAGGAAUUGGAAAAACAGCUGCAGGAAGACGCCGAUAAGGAGUCUAAAACGGUCAAACUGCUGCUGCUUGGCGCUGGUGAAUCAGGAAAAAGCACCAUAGUAAAACAAAUGAAGAUUCUCCACCAAGGCGGUUACACGAAAGAGGAGCAAAUGGAGUUUAGGGCGAUCAUCUACGGCAACAUCCUGCAGUCUACUCUGGCCAUCAUCAGAGGCAUGGAGAUGCUCAGCAUUGAUUUUGGCGCGCCUUCCGGGCAGGAGGAUGCGCAGAAGCUGCAGAACUUGUCAGACUCCAUUGAGGAAGGGACAAUGCCUCCUGAGCUGUCUGAUGUCAUCAAGAAGCUGUGGAAAGACUCUGGAGUGCAGGCCGCGUUCGAGAGAGCCGCUGAGUACCAACUGAACGACUCUGCUGGAUACUACCUCAGCGAAAUGGACCGAAUCUCUCUGCCGGACUACAUGCCCACCGAGCAGGACGUGCUGCGAUCUCGAGUCAAAACAACCGGUAUUAUCGAAGAGCAGUUCUCCUGCAAAGAGUUGCACUUCAGGAUGUUUGAUGUGGGAGGUCAGAGGUCAGAGAGAAAGAAGUGGAUCCACUGUUUUGAGGGUGUGACCUGCAUCAUCUUCUGUGGAGCCCUCAGUGCUUACGACAUGGUGCUUGUAGAAGACGAUGAAGUGAACCGCAUGCACGAGUCCCUCCAUCUAUUCAACAGCAUCUGCAACCACAGAUUCUUCGCUCUGACCUCCAUCGUGCUUUUCCUCAACAAGAAGGAUCUCUUCGAGGAGAAGAUCAAGAAAGUCCAUCUGAGCAUCUGCUUCCCUGACUAUGACGGCCCCAACACGUAUGAUGAUGCCAGUGGCUACAUCAAGACACAAUUCGAGGAUUUGAACAUGAAGAAAGGUCAGAAAGAAAUCUACUCCCACAUGACCUGUGCCACAGACACGAAGAACGUCGAGAUCGUGUUCAACGCCGUGACGGACAUCAUCAUCAAAGAAAACCUUAAAGACUGCGGUUUGUUCUAAGCAGCUCCAGAGUGACGGGAGAGAGAACAUCUUUUUCAACCGGAGCCCCGCACACAUUGUCAUUAGGAAAGAAGUGUACCGACGGGGCACAGGGCGUCCUCAGACUGUUGUGUUUUAUGUCAUCAUCUCCACGUCAAGUUGUGGCUGAACGCUCCUAGAGAACAUCAUCGUCUCCCACGUUACCUUCCUGCAACUCUCUGCAUGUCCAGCUGGGUAAAAACUGAUACGAAGUCACCAUGUGAACGCUGUGGAGCCUCAAGUUCCUACACAACUAAAAGAUUAAAGGUUCGAAGAUGAAAUAGCUGCUUCUAUGAUUAUCGUUGAGUUUUUAAACUUAUAAAUUGUAAAUUAUAAUUGAUCUGAAAGCCAAGCUCUGUGAAAACAAUUAAAGCCAUCUGGGAAAAGUAAAAAAAAAAAAAAAUAUUCUGAAUAGACAAUUUUCUUUGUUUUGUUUUUGAGUGCAAUAGUCUCUGAGAUCUUGAUGUUUAAGCUGAAAAGUUGCUGAGCAGAUAUCUCUGAUGUUCCCAGUGCUUGCAGUUUGUCCAGAUUACAAACCCAAUUGUGCAUGUAUCUAACCUACAUAGUGUUAAUGUACUGAAUUCACUUAACAUUUUAUUGUGAUGAAUAAAUCUGACAACAACAAACAUGGUAGAUGAACUUUGUACAAAGAAUAGACGAGUUAUAUUUUGAAUGAUGAGUUAUCUGGAAACAUGUGAGAGGAAAACACUAGAGAAUGGAUGCUUUAUGAGAAAAGGGAAAAUGUUCUUUCUUAUGAAAUGUAGAGGCUUGAAAUAAAAAUGCAUUAACCUCACGUGUGUGUGGGCGUGUGUGUGUGUGUGUGUGUGUGUCUUUGCUUCAGUUACAUCUUCAUCCACUGAACAAAGUAGUGGAUGAUGAGGCCCAUCAUGGCAGCUUCAGCCUGUUGCUGCUGCUGUCUAAUAAAUAUCCUGUUUUGAUGUAAGUGGAAAUGGCAGCCAAGUGAAAAUCAUCACUGAUAAACAACCUAAAUCAAAGUUUUCCUUUAAUUGUAACAGAGCGCAAUUCAAAAGUAGAACUAAUUUAGUGUCUGUCUAAAAAUUCAUUUGUACAAUGAUGAAGAGAUUUUGAAGACGUUAGCUUGGUCAAAGUCACAUCGGCACGAAGCCCUCUAUGGGACAUGGGGAAAAUCUUUUUCUCUUGCGCUCCCUCACAAUAUGCUUGCUGUAAUAUUUGCUGGUCUAUUUUGUAUACAGUCACAAAUGUCAAUUAAAACUUUCAAAUAUAUACACAUUUAAAGAGCCUCAUUGAAAAAUUUAUUUAUUAUUAACUCUUUGAUUGAAAGUCGAUUUAUUCACUGCAUGUUUAUGUCUGUUUGUGUAAAGUUGAGAUGAAACUGCAAGUGAAAACGACCCUUUAACCCAUUCAGACAACCAGCACAACAGAGACACAAUCAAAACUGUCAGAUGACUUAUUUCCCCGUGAUAAUAACUCAGAAAUAGCCCAAAUAGUUUGGAUGUAUUUUUUCUUCGUUUCCUACUUACAGAAAGUUUCUGUUUAUAUCAUAGGUUUGUGGUGCAUUUCUCUCUUACAGAAAAAGAUAUAAAACUUCAGAUAUUCCACAACGAGAUAUUAACAUGCAUGGAAAAACCUCACGAAAGCCUUAUGUAAUAGCAGAAAGUACGAUGGAUGCCGUAAGAAAGGCUUACAGUGUUCAGUUAUGCCACUUGAACUAAUCAGUAUAUUAUUGCGAGGGAACGCAAAAGAAAAAAAGAAAUCCCCAUGUCCCCUCUGGGGCUCCGUACAUUGGAAAUAUCUGUUUGAAAAGCUGAUUUUAUAUAUAUAUAAAACCCCCCUCCUUUUUAAGCAUCUAAAUUAAAUUCAAACUCAAACAACUUUCCACCAUCAUGCCUCAUGGUGGAUGUGAGCCACUUAUGCUGAUCUGCUGAGUUGGUUCUCUGAAAUCACAGCACUUUUUAUUACAUCCAUGAAUCUCUAAUGAUUGGAGAAGUUGCAGGCUUGAUUGGUAUUUUAGAGACUUUCUGCUUCUCCACCAGACAUGCUUGUCUGUUUCUCGAACACGGCCCAAGAUGGAGCUUACCAAGUCGUAAAUUUCUGUGGGAACAUUUUAAAUUGGCUGCUGCUUUACCUUCGUUAUCCAGCGGAAGCAGCGAGGGUGCAUUUUGUUCUCCAGAUAACUGCGCUGACAUUUAGGGAAAUUUUCUUUUUACCAUUUGUCAC